AUGACGGAUCCAGAGAAAACAACCCUCCAUGACCCCGAAAAACAACUCCCCGACAAUGUCGACUCCGCUGCCGAGCAUCUCGGCGAAAUCCACAUGGUCAAACAAGGUCUCCACCAGCGACACAUCCAGAUGAUUGCGCUGGCUGGGACCAUUGGCACCGGACUGUUUCUCAGCUCUGGGCGUGCCAUCGCCCGCGCUGGGCCUCUUGGAGCCCUGCUAGGGUACACGAUCAUCGGCCUGGCCGGCUCAACCGUUGUCUUUGCCGUCGGCGAGAUGGGGGCUUUGGUUCCGCUGAACGGGGGUGUGGUACGAUACGCCAUGCUCUUCUUCGACCCGGCACUUGCCUUUGCAAACGGCUGGAACCAGGUGUAUUCAUACCUAGUCUCGAUCCCCGCGGAGCUGACCGCGGCGGCAGUCAUCGUCGAGUUCUGGGUGACGGUCAACAACGCGAUCUGGAUCACAGUGUUUGGUGUGCUGAUGCUGGGGACCGCGCUGCUGUUUGUGCGCGUAUAUGGAGAGCUUGAGUUUGGGUUCUCAAUGAUCAAGAUCAUGCUCGUCAUCGGGAUCAAUAUCAUGGCGCUGGUGAUCACCUGCGGAGGCGGACCGGAAGGGAAGAGCAUCGGGUUCAGAUACUGGCGGGAUCCCGGCCCGUUCGUGCAAUACCUCGACAUCUCAGGCUCCUGGGGCCAGUUCCUGGGGUUCUGGACGACGCUCAAUAACGCGCUGUACUCAUACUCGGGGAUGGAGAACAUCACCGUCGCGGCGGCGGAGACCCGGUGUCCGCGGCAGGCAAUCCCCAAAGCGGCGCGACGCAUCUUCGCCCGUGUGUUUCUAUUCUAUAUCUUGUCCAUCUUCAUGAUUGGCAUGCUGGUCCCCUCCAACGACCCCAACCUGCUGAGUUCCACCGGCACAGCCUCCCAGUCGCCUUUUGUCAUUGCCGCCCGCCGCGCGGGGAUCCAGGUCGUCCCGUCCAUCAUCAACGCCGCGGUGCUGACCUCCGCCUGGUCAGCGGGAAAUUCCAACAUGCUCGGCGGCUCCCGCAUCCUCUUCGGGAUGGCCAUGCACGGGCACGCGCCCAGAUUCUUCACCAGAGUCAACCGGUUCGGGGCGCCGUAUCUCGCCGUCAGCCUGCUCGGCCUCUUCAUGGGCCUUGGCUACAUGACGCUGUCCGACUCGGCCAGCAACGUUUUUACCUGGCUGCAGGAUAUCGUCUCCAUCGCAACGCUGGUGAACUGGGUGUGUAUCUGCGUCGUGUACCUGCGGUUCCUGUACGGGUGCCGCAGGCAGGGGAUCGACCGGCACAGAGAGCUGCCUUGGGCGGCGCCGCUGCAGCCGUACCUGACCUGGUUCUCGCUCGGGUUGUUUACAAUCUUACUGUUGACAGGGGGGUACACCACGUUUAUGCGAGGGCACUGGGAUACGGAGACGUUUAUCUCGUCGUAUUUGAACAUUCCGAUCAUUCUGGGGUUGUAUUUUGGGUAUAAGGUCUGGGGAAGGACGGAGAUCGUGCCUCUUGGGGAGAUUCCCAUCCGGCCGUUUAUCCAGGCGUACAGGGAGGAGCCAGAGCCAGAACCAAAGAGGAAGACGUGGUGGAGGCGGUUGAAUGUUUUAUGGUCGUAG